AAACCCUAAUCUGAAAGCAAACAAGGACAGCAGAGGCACAAACAAAAACAGCAUCAUCAUCAUCAAGAACAAAGCUGCGGGAAUGGGAAAAUUCCCACCUUCAUUCCGCUCUGCAAUCUCAUCGACAUCACUCAUCAAGAACACACCCUCUCAGCAGCAACAACAACCCCAUUACUUUCCCAAGAAACUCACCAAGAAAAAUUCCCCCAAACCCCAUGAAACUCAAACCCCACCACCUCAAAAAUCACUCUUUAAAACCUCAUCUCUAAAUGAAGCUAAAAGUCUCUUCAAUUCCUUCAUUUCAACUACAAAAGCCCCGCUACUAGACAACCUUCGUUUGCACAACUCUUUCCUUCAAUCCUACACUUCAAUCUCCACCCUUGAUGAUUCCAUUUCUCUUCUUGAUCACAUGGUCAAGACCCUCCCUUCUUUAUCCCCUGACCGAUCCACUUACCAUGUUUUGCUUUCACAGUCUUGCAGAGAACCUGAUAGUCCUCUAUCUUCUGCUCAGAAAGUUUUGAACUUGAUGGUUAAUAAGGGGUUUAAGCCUAAUCAAUUUACUGUUGAUGUCGCAAUUAGGUCUCUGUGCUCUGUUGGGAGAGUAGAUGAUGCUAUUUUAUUGGUAAAGGAAUUUUCUUCGAAGCAUUCAAAGCCUGAUACUUUUACUUAUAAUUUUCUUGUUAAGUGUUUAUGUAAGAGUAGGAUUUUCAACAGUGUUUAUAGUUUCAUUGAUGAAAUGAAGAGUAGUUUUGAUAUAAAGCCUGAUCUUGUCACUUAUACCAUAUUGAUUGAUAAUGUUUGUAAUGCAAAAAAUAUUCGUGAGGCUGAUAGAUUGGUGGCUGUGUUAAAGGAAUGUGGGCUAAAGCCAGAUGCUUUUUUGUACAAUACGAUUAUGAAAGGUUACUGUUUGUUGAAUAAAGGUAUUGAGGCUGUUAGGAUUUAUAAACAGAUGAAAGAGGAAGGAGUGGAGCCUGAUCUUGUUACAUAUAAUACUUUGAUUUUUGGGUUGUCAAAGUGCGGGAGAGUUAGUGAAGCUAAGAAGCUUUUGAAAAUUAUGGUUGAAUCAGGCCAUUUUCCUGAUGCAGUUACAUACACCUCAUUGAUGAAUGGGAUGUGUAGAGAAGGGGAUGCAUUGGGUGCGGCAGCGUUGUUGGAGGAGAUGGAAUUGAAAGGAUGUAGUCCAAAUUCGUGUACUUAUAAUACGCUGCUUCAUGGAUUUUGCAAAGGGAGAAUGUUGAAUAAGGGUGUUGAAUUGUAUGGGGUGAUAAAAAAGGGUGGUAUGAAGCUUGAGACAGCUUCUUAUGCUACGUUUGUGAGAGCUCUUUGCAGGGAGGGCAGAGUUGCAGAAGCUUAUGAGGUAUUUGACUAUGCAGUAGAGAGCAAGAGUUUAACUGAUGUAGCUGCUUACACUACAUUGGAGAGUACACUGAAGUGGUUGAAGAAAGCGAGAGAGCAAGGUCUUGCUGUAUAGAUGCUGAAGGAAGAAAGUUCUUGAAGAUGAAAUAAAUGUUAUGCUGACAGAAAGAAAGGGAAUGUUAAAGUUUCUAAUUUCCACAAAAAUUUCUAAUGAUUGGGAAACUGUAAGUAAAUAAAUCAGAAGAUAGGGCAUCAAGCAGGACAGCUUCCUGUUUCUUUGGAAACGAUUAUGCUUGUUGAGAUAGCUUGCACAGUUUUUCCAUUAAUUGAAGUUUGUGUUACCAGCUAAUGACAAUCGCACCUCUGUCCAAGAAGAAUUAAAUCUGGCUCUGUUAAAUUUUAGUCUCAGUGCUCGACUCUCAUUUUGUGUGCAUGUCUCCUAGAACAAUGAUACUGGCUCUCUGUAAAGCCUCGAUGAAGUCCAUGGUUUGACAUUAAUUCUGGGUUCUUCUGUGCACUUAGCUAUAUCUAAUGCUGGUACUUUAAUAUGGCUUCCUUGUUGUUUUUCCAAUAACUGCUUGUUAUCUUUAAAAAGUUGGAUCCAAUUUUGACUCCUUGUUCUUCAAAAUAUCUUUCAAAAUUUCAGAAAAUGUGUUUUCGGCCAUCUGCGCUCCCAUUUUACGAUUCUAAAUGUGUUUUAAAAUC